AUGUUAUAUAAUUGUGAUUUCCCACAAUUAAAAAACCUUCAUAUUGCAUUCAAAGAAGAUCCAAAAGAUAGGCUUCAUGAACCUGCUUCAGAAUGUAUGCUUCGUGGUAUUACUGCUCCUAAUUUGAAAAGAUUUAUUUUCAGUUCAAUUGAUACAGAUCUUGUAAUGACGUCUAUUGAUGCACCAUCAUUACAAUAUUUUCAAGUUUUAGCAAAUUCUUUAUUGAUUAGAGAUUUUUUUUAUAUACCAGUAUUGGAAGAGUUUGAUUUUGAUAUUCAAGAAUAUUUUUAUUAUGAGAUAAUAGAUGAUGUCUAUGAUGAUGGUAGUCCAGUUCUUCAUUUCUUACAGAAUACAAAAGUUGGGACGAUAAAAUCACCAAAUUUCAACAUUUUGGAUGGACUAACAGAGAUGGGAAACUUAGAGAAACUUACAUUAGUGCACUUUCCAGGAGGUGAUGCUUUUAAAGAUAUCAAAUUCCCAAACUUGAAGACAUUAGAGCUUCAGUUAAGUUUAAAGGUUAGUAAAGAUUUACCAAGUUUUGAUGCACCUUUACUAGAAUCAAUGGAGUUACUGCUUCCAGUUAAUACACCAAAGAAUAUUGAUCAAGUGGUGAAUAAGUUUCAUCCUAAGUUGAGAAAAUUGAAAUUAGAUUAUAGUCGUUGUGAUAAAGAUCCAGUGAUUUUGAACAAUCUUCAACUCCCAAACUUGAUUGAAUUAGAAAUCAAUGGGGUUAAUAAUACAAUUCAAUUGAAGAGAUGUGAGUUCCAAUCACUAAAGAAAUUGUUGAUUAAUAGAAUAACUGCAUUGGGUUAUAUUCCAAAGAUUAGGAAUACAAUUAGUUCACAUUUUAGUUCAAUAGAAAGAGUACAUUUUGGAAGAGUAUCAAGAAUUGAAUUUAAAAAAUGUAAAUUUCCAAAUUUAGAAGCUUUAACAAUAACUAAUUUUGAUAUAAUUUCAACACCACUCACCAAGGAACUUUUUCCUUCAUUAAAAGAGAUAUUAAUUCUUGAUGGUGUUAAUCAAACAGAUCUUGAUUUUUGUGAAGAAUUUUAUGGUAUUAUUAAAGAUGAAACUUAUGAUACUAGGAAAGAUCGGUUUGAAAUUUUAAAACUUAGUGAUCCUUAUUUAACAAAAUUUGCAUAG